AGCGGACAGACAACUUUGAACCCGACGCAUUCGACGACCCAAUCCACCACACGGCCACGAGCAAUAUCCACACGAAGCUUUUGUGAAUAUCGCGAAAGAUCUUCUGAUAGCAAUUCGAACUCGAUUCUCAAAUUGCGACUGUAAUCGUGCCCUUCAAAUCCACCUCCCGAUCGAAUUGCCCUCGCGCGACUGAGCCAUGGCGAGCGGCAGCACGGCGGAUGACGCCGGUGCGAAGCUCCAGAUCCUAAAGGAUGCUCUUUACGAUGAGAUGAGGCAACAUGGAUCAGAAGCCCGUCCAUUUUCACAAAAAGAUCUCAACGACCUUAACAUCAUCCCCAACAACGAUGUCAACCUCCUCCUCAGCGUCGUCCAGCGGCUCUGUGACGACAAGCUCCUGGUCGGCAUAGCAAACCACCAUGCUGGGAUGGCAUGGAGAUGGCGUAGCAGGGAGGAGGCAAAGAAGUACACAUCAUUACCAAACGACGAAGCGGUCAUGGUGUACUCGAUAAUCGACGAGGCCGGCGCCGACGGUAUCUGGAACCGGACGAUCAAGAACAAGCUCAACAUGCACGAGGCGGUGGUGAAGAACUGCAUCAAGUUCCUCGAGACCAAAGGCUACAUUGCGAGCAUGAAGAAUGUCGAGCACCCGAACAAGAAGAUGUACAUCAAAGCCACACUCCGGCCAUCCGAACGAGCGACGGGCGGCCCCUGGUUCACCGAAGGUGAGCUGGACACAGCAUUCAUCUCCGAGCUCGAGGGCAUCGUGUUCGAGUACAUCAAGACGAAGAGCGCAUACCGGGGGUCACAACCACACGCAGGCGGAGCCGCCUCUUCAGCCGGGGCCACAAAAGCCCCCAAAAAGGGCGCCGUAACCGCAGGCGAGACCACCGCGCGGGGGACAAAACGCUCGGCGACCGAAAUCUCCAACGACGACGCCCCGACCGCCGCCACCCGCACAGCCAACGGCAGCACCACCACCACCACCACCACCAAAUCCCGCGCCGUCUUCCUGCCCAUGCCGGCAGGGUACAAGCACUACCCGACGGUGGCCGAGAUCGCCAAGUUCAUCCACGACACGGGCAUCACCAACAACACGACGCUGGGGGAGUCGGACAUCCAGCAGCUGGUCGACGUGCUCAGCUACGACGGCCUCAUCGAGCGGGUGCGCGUGGGCCGCCGGCGCGGCUACCGCGUCGCGCGCGCCGUCAAGCAGGACACGGUGCCCUUCCACAAGCGCCAGAAGGAGCGCGAGGCCGGCGUCGGCCUCGACCUGCCCCUCGUCCCCGGCGCCGAGCCCCUCGGCAGCGGCCUGACCGAGGCCCCCUGCGGCCGCUGCCCCGUGUUUGAGCUGUGCGAGGAGGGCGGGCCGGUCAGUCCGAGCAAUUGUGUUUAUUUUUUGCAGUGGUUAGAGUUGGAAGAGCCGCCAAAAGCGGUGGCAGCAAAUGUGGCCAAUCCCCCAUGAGGCGAAAUGGGAUGGAUGGUGGGCCCGGAAGAUGUGUUAUUGACGUCGGUGAUAAUAUACCCCAUUUUUAGCUUGGGAUCCUCAAGUGCUUCGUACGCCUUCCUUGGUAAUCCCGCCACCACAUCAGUUUGUUGUCGGCGAGCAUGGGCAAGGCUGCAACCAAGUCCCUUUCCGCUUAUGUGAUUCAACUUGACAGGUAAUACGUCACAUAGCGGUCGUCAAAAGAAACAACGGCAAUGGUUCUGGGUACGGUGGAAGAGCAUGGACUUUUUGGCCAGUAGGUUGAACCCGUUCGAGUUUAUGU